AUGGUGCUGGUAAAGAGAGGGUUUAUGCUGACAGAGAGAAACGCACGUAAAUCACGCUGGAAACCCGCAGUGGUGCUCUCCUUUCCCUUCCCCUCCUCCUCUAUCCUAACCAGGGAGGUCGACGUCCUCUGGACCUUGAAAUCGGGAGCGUCGACGGAAAGGGCUGCAGAAGAGCCAGUUUCGUGCUCGAGGUUUAUAGUAGCAGUAGGGCAUAGUGCUGCAGCUUUCCUGUCGUCUUUUAUUCUGGAUUCCGUAUGCUGGGAAGUAGUUGGAGCUAUGAAAUUGUGGAACGAAUGGUGUCGAACAUCCAACACAACAAACGUCCUCCCGACAGAUUCUUUUUGUUUGUUCUAUCGGUUAAUAUCAGACCCGACAGUUUUACUGUGCCAGUGCAGUUGCUAUGUUGCCGAGGAUCAACAGUUCCAGUGGCUUGAAAAGGUUUUUGGCUGUAUGAGAAAGGAAGGCUUGCAAGUAACCAUUCUUUCAACAUGUCCUGUAGCUGAUUAUAAAACUCAGGAAUCCACCUUAACACUUCCAUCUCCUUUUCUGAAAGCCUUAAAGACAAAAGAAUUCAAAGAACCAGUCUGCUGCCCGCUGCUGGAACAACCUAACAUUGUGCGAGAUCUUCCUGCUGCUGUUUUGAGUUAUUGCCAAGUAUGGCAGAUUCCUGCAGUUUUGUAUCAGUGUUAUACUGAUGUCAUCAAGCUGGACACAGUUACAAUUGAAGCAUUCAAGCCUCUGCUGUCUUCUAAAAUCCUGAAAAAUUUAGUCAAGGAUAUCUCUGAAAGCACAAAGAUUUUGAAGAAGUUACUGACAAGCAAUGAAACUCACAAUAAUAUCUAUAUAUAAAGAGGAUAUUUAUCACAUAGACUACGUUUUUGUGAGCUCCAGUUUCUUCUGUAGAGGAAAUCGUGGAAUUGUAGUUAUUUCCUUAGAAGCGCGGAAUAAAUCCUAACAGAUUUUUACUUUUGCGUUUAUUUUUGUUACUCUUGAAUUCAUCAUUACAAACAUGUAUAUUACUUCUGCAUGGGAUGGGAGACUUUCCCCUAGAGCAAUUUUGUGUACAAAAGAUAUCCUGAAUAUGAAAAUCAGCUGUUUUUUUCCCCUCCUGAAUCGACUGACAUAUUUAUAUACCUUCUAUUUGCAAAAGAGGAAAUGCGGUUAAGGAGUUUAGUCAUAUCUAAUGAGGACACCUAUUUUUUUACUUUAUCUUGAGAGGUAAAAGCUGCCUUAAUACUCGGUCUUCUUUAAAGCUUUGUCUGUUAUGGAGAAAAUAAACUCUGUCUUUUUCUCUAUGUGUAUAUAUCAUAUAUAUGGUAUAUAUGUAUGUACAUGUACACAUACAUACAUCAUUCAGAAUGAAGUGUAGUCAAUAUAUUCAGCAGACUUAUUAGCACCAACUAAAGAAUUGAAAGCUGAUUUUACAAAUCACCAGAGCAGGCAGAAACGUGGAGUUCUUUACAAGGCACAAGCCUUUGUGGAAGGGUUUGACUUGGAUUCACGGAGUAAAUUGCCACAACUGUUUUAGAUGAUACUGCCUGCAUAGAUGGCAGGAAGGGACGUGUGCCUGCAUUGAGCUGCCUCAGUUCUCAUUUGCAGCGCCUAGUUGAAAACUCACCUCUGUUGGCGGUUUUAGCUGAUACGCAAGACCAUGAACUGGAGCCUUAGAGGCGCAUCAGCAGGCAUUCCCUGCUGUCAGCUCUCUUGACAGUGGCAGAAACCCUUUCCACAGAAGUUGGGUGGUAGGCUCACAAGCUGCUUCAGCUGGAUUUGCCAGUGCUUGUCUGUUAGAGUAAGUUAUUCUAAUUUUAAAAUCAAAUUUGCUAUGAGAUUUUAACCACUUCACAUGAAAAAUUUCCUCUGAUUUUAAUUUUACAGGUCAAAACAUCUUCAAAUAUGUUUAAAUUGUGACAAGCAGACUGAAUUAUUCUAUCCUCGUUAUAAUUUGCUUUAAUCCUUUUCAUUGCUAGCAAUAGUAGGAAUAGUGCAUUUUUUAGGAUGAAUGUGACAUUUUCAGAGAAAAGUAAAUGUUCACAUUUUAGUAUUACAAAAUAUUCUCUCAAAAUUAAUGACCUCAUUUCAGCAAUACUUUAAAUAUUUGUUGGGAUUGUCAUGCAGAUAUAGCUUUUAUAUACUCCUUGUAUAAUGCAACGUUUUAUUUAAGAAUAUGAUGCUAAAAAUAUUCUGUUACUACCACAGGUGUUGUCACUGCAUGGAGAUCUUUAAAUUGCAUGUAGCUUAUUCUUUAGGACAAAAAGGACAACAGCUUCAAAGUCCUCUACUUAGUUUAAUUUUGACUUCUACUGGAUGUGCAGUGGAAAUUUUUGAACAAUGUAUUCCUGUAAUGGAACUGUCAUCCCUUCUGGUUUGAAAAUGGUAAGCUUGAUCAAUGCCCACUGAAGCAAGUAUCUACUAGCUUCAGCAGGUCUGUUACAAGUUCUGUUUUUUGAAAAUUUUAACUGCAUACUCUAUGGCAAUUUCAACUGUAGUGAAAUGUUAUUGAUGUGGACACAGAGUUGCUUAUCAAAUAUUGAUUUCAACUUCUGUUAAUGUAAUUAAAGUUAAGAGUUAAGCAAGUAACUGUUGCCUUAGGUGAUACUGUAUUUUAGAACAAACUGUUGAAGUAUGAAGUGUAGGAUAUGGGGUAGAUAUUUUUUUUUUUUCCGUUUCCAUAAAAUAUUUUAAUUGAAACCUGUUUGUACACAUGAUCAGAGAAUUCUGUUGCUCGGGGAGUUCUGUGUUGGCUGCACCAUUUUCUAGCUUAUAUGCUAAACGUAUUCAAAAUAUAAUGAAUGAUGAAUUUAACAAGAAAAAUCGUUAUCUUGAAUUAAAAAUAUAGAGGCUCCUGCAGGAACUGUAAAUACACUUCUGGUGUUGAUUUUAUUACCUAUGCAGUUUGCAACAUUUCAGAGCAGUUAUUCAUGGAAAUGCACUUUGAUUUUACUACCUGGGUUUAUACUGAGAUGUGAGAGGACUCUUAAGCACUAUGAAGAAAAGAAGCAAACAGAACUCUCUAGCAAUUUGGACGAUGAAACUAGGAAGAUUGAAAACUGAUGUAUGUUUUGAAGCAUGAAUAAUUAGCCUUUGGAACAUUUGGCUGAAGGUUGUGAUAGCCUCUCCAUAGCUGGAAAUAUUCACAUCAGGAUGUGAUGUUUUUCUGUUAAGUGAAUUCCAGUUAGUAGUUCAUUCCAUGUAUCUGGGUAGACGUCUGUGGUACACAUUACAGCCAGGUCAAACUUUAUGCAAUGGUUCCCUAUGGUAUGCAACUAUGAUAGGUCUGGGCGCGUGCACUAUAAAGUCAGUAAGGCUCUCUUCCCAUCAGAGUGAGCUGGGUUGCGCUCUAAAAACCUGAAAUAUCAACCUUUUCCAGUACACAGUAGUACACGGUAAUGAAGGAAGAUAUUUUCAUUUAAAAUUCCUUACAUUUUUUUCCAUGUUUUGAUGUAUCAUAUCCAUAUAGCUCAUAUUUCUGCUUUAAAACAAGUAGCUCUGGAAGCAUCGGAACUAAUGAAACCCAGAUAUCUAAUAAGGGGUGAUCACUGACUGAAGUUUUUCCUCAUAUUUGGACAUUGACACAUUUUUGUGUGUGUGUGUGUGUUCUGUAGUGUCUAAUAAGAAAGAGCCUGCAAUAUUGUUUUCUUUGUUUCUAAUAGCUCCCUGAUUUUUUAAAACUUGCAGGAACAUGCAUGCUUAAAACUCUCUCUCUCUUUUGUCAAAUGUGGCUGAUGAUUUCAAAAGCUUUAGGGGAACAAGUGACUUGAGGAUUCUUUCCUGCAUAUCCAGAACGUGAUUGUAUAAGCCUUGUUUCCUUAAGAUAUCAGGCUAAAAGCAAAUGACCAAGCCAAACAGAGCAAACUAUUACACUGGAAGACUUUCCUUUUUAAAUUUUCGUGUCAGGGAGCCUCUUGCUGCCAAUAUUUUUUCAGAUACUGCUGGGCUCUCUUCCUCUGAAGAGUACUGUCUUCCAAACCAAGGACACAGUCUUUACUCAAGUCUCAACUGCUUUGUUAUGCUGCAGAAGACAUUUGGUAGACAGACAUGUUCUCUUUUCCUAGAAGGUGAUGUGCCUGUCCUAAUUCGUAAGUCCUGGAGUCAUGCAUUUAACGAGGCUCAAAGCUCUUGACUUGUAACUUACUGAUGUCUGUGCGGUUCAGAGCAAAAGUGUAAAGUACAGGCCUGUAUGGAUAUACUUAGAAGGGACUUUUUCUGGAUUUGUUAUGAAACCUACACAUUUGAAUGCCUGAAGCAGCAGUGUAGCUAUUAUUGAGCUUUUGUUUUCUCUACAGUUACUGUGAUUACCUGCAGUGCCAUGGUUCUCCUGUAGUAAAAUUCUUGCAGUCUGUGGAGCAGACUUCUGAAAAUGCAGCCUGAAAAAACCCUGCUUUGGUUCCUGUGUCUUCCUUUAUCCCAUUAUGUUCCUUCUGGGUUUGACUCGGAGUUCAAGUUCUUGAAACUUCUCCUUGUGUGACAUCAGCAGAAAUGCUCACAUUGUACUGAAAAAUGUGAGCACGAAUGUUCUUGUUGGACCAAAGCAGCAGAUGGUGGUGCUUGCGUUGUUCUGAAAGUUGCUUUCAGUGACUGUCUGCCUCAUAUCCAAUAAAGUGCUCCCUGAACUUUG